UUCCUGAGUCAGUAGCCAGGCUGCUGUGGGACUCCUCAGAGAUGCAGCUGUCUGUAACUCAUUCAUGCUGCCGGACCCUGCUUCUGCUACUGGUGUCCAACCUUCUCCUGAGGGAGAAUGAGGCCGUGGUGCCCUUAUGCUUAGUAAGGAAUGGACUCUGCUUUGGUUCCUUGGAAGAAAUGCUUGAAAGAGCCGUUGGUUUGUCUGAAGAGAUAAGUAAACAAGCUUUUCAACUCUUCACUGAAUUUGAUAGUCAAUAUACCCAGAGCCAACAGCUCAUUAACAAGAACCUCAAAAAAUGUCAUACAUCUUCUAUCGAGCUUCCAAAACCGGGGAGUCAAGUCAUGCAGACACAUCCCGUAACCCUACUGAAAUUAGUGAGAAAAUUAUUGAGCGCCUGGGAAGUCCCUCUGAACCAUCUCGUGAACAACCUGCCAUCCUUGAAAAAAGUCCCUCCUACCAUCCUCUCCAAAGCCAGAGCAAUAAAGGCAAAGAGCGCUGGACUCCUGGAGGGAGUUAAAAUCAUUAUCAUCCAGAUGCAAAAUGGAGAUACAGAAGAUCAGAACUACCCUGGCUGGUCUGGACUGGCAUCCUUGCAAUCAGAGAGUGAAGACAUUCGCCUCUUUGCAUAUUAUAACAUGAUCCGCUGUGAGUGCAGAGACAUCCAAAGGGUUGAAACUGCUCUCAAGAUUGUGAAGUGCUUAAUUUCAAAUGAAAAGAACUGCUAAGCUCUUUUCAUCACAUCUGUGAUAUGAGGAUAUGUUGCUGUGAAACUUCCUUUACUUUCUUCUCUUUUAAAUGCAAGCUUAGUGUGAUGGUUAUCUUCUUUCACAAUAAAAAUUGACCCCAUGUAUGUGACCAUCU